AUGAAGAACCAUACUUCUCACACCAAAUUCAUCAUUAUGGGUUUUCCUGAACUUCCAGAGCAUCAGCUAACAUUGUUUGCAAUAUUUGCCACUAUCUACCUUCUGACUCUGGUAGAAAAUGUCCUCUUGAUGUUGACCAUCUGUUUGAAUCAAUACCUUCGCACUCCCAUGUACUUCUUCCUAGGAAAUCUUUCUAUUUUAGAAAUUUUCUAUGUCUCAGUAACAAUGCCCAAGUUAUUCUCCAUCCUAUGGUCAGGGGAGAACACCAUCACUUUCCAAAACUGCCUCACUCAGAUGUACUUUUUUCUCUCUUUGGCAUCUUCUGAAUGUUUUCUCUUGGCAGCAAUGGCCUACGAUAGAUAUUUGGCAAUUUGCUAUCCUCUUCAUUAUACCUCCCUUAUGAAUCUCAGAACUUGUGCUUUCCUGAGUGUGGCUUCCUGGCUUAGUGGCUUCCUGGCUUCGUUUCCAUCUGUGGUGAUGAUCUCCAGGUUGCAGUUCUGCCAUGAAAAUACCAUUGGACAUUUCUUCUGUGACAUCUCACCUUUAUUGAAGUUGUCUUGCACAGACACUUCAACUAUUGAGAUUCUGGAUUUUGUGGCAGCACUAGCAGUCCUUAUGACAUCAGUGAUGGUGAUUGGGACAUCUUACAUACGCAUUUUUUGUACAGUUGCAAAACUUCCCUCCAGAAAAGAGAAGAGUAAAGCCUUUUCCACAUGUGUCUCUCACCUAACAGUUGUCUCUAUAUUCUAUGCCACCACCAUAUUCAUGUAUGCCCGACCUAAGGCCAUUGGAACAUUUGACUUGAACAAACCAGUGUCCAUCCUCUACUCAGUGGUAGCUCCAUUUCUCAACCCAAUUAUUUACAGCCUCAGGAACAGGGAAGUAAGAAAGACCUUGAGCAAAGCCAUAUAUUGGGUGGUCACCCUCUCAGGAUGUUUUCAAAUGAAAAGAUUGAAGCCAUUAUCAAACUAA